GGUACCCAAACACUACGUACAUGACAACAUUAUAUAGUGGAAAUCAGCUGGUACAACGACUUACAAAAAAAUAGGAACGUAGUUGUAGGCGUGGCUCGAUCGAUUACCCCCAGGUAUGGCAAGGCAAUCGGGGAGACAGGUUGAUUUUUACGACUGCUAUCUUACAUGCAAGCAGCACUUAAACCAUAUCAAUUGUUACCGCGUGCAUAACGGGAGACCUACUUCUUCGUGGUCUUUGUUGGGGCUGAUUCGUCCGGAUAUACCGACAUCGGAAAACUGAGAAACUGAGAAGGAUUAAGAAUAGAAGUUGCCUGUACUAACCGCCAGGUAUCACCUGAGAGGGGACUACUUCACUUACUGGAAAUGACAGCUAUUGAAACGGACUCGGCUAUGAGCAAAGAAAAUCCAAUUAAGUUAGAGCCUAUAAAUGAAAAUAGUCCGUCCACAAAUAUAACAACGCCCUCAAAUCCUGGAAUACAUAACCAACCAAAGACCCAAGAUUUCGAAAAUUACAAUAAAUCUCCAGAAGGAAAACCAAAUGAUUCCAAGGGAACAUCGAAAAGAAAACAUAUCAUCAUUAUCACAUUAAUGAUAUGCACGUUCGUGGGCUCGGCAACGGGUCUUAUUCUGCUAUAUUCUCAUCUUAAUCAAAUAGAUGCAAGAGAAGCAGCGAUAGAAAGUGGCUUCCAGUACCCCCCAGCUAAAACGCAUGAAAUGACGAUGGCGGAAAGAUAUAGAACUCAAACUAGUGAGUCUAUUAGAAACUGCUUUGAUGUUAACGAGUACUUUUCGGAAACAACGACGGAGAGAAAAUGCACUUAUUUGGAUAAUGUUUGGACUUGCGUGAUGGACGAAUGUGAAAUACAGCGUGGGCAAAAUUGUUCGGAGCUGUUGGAAGUUCUCAUCCAUCUAACCCCUGGUGUCGAUACAGUUUUCAUGGCGGAGGCAUACCUUCAAGUUGAUAUACGCCAAUGCUCUUUUUACAAUGAAACUGCUAUGGAUAUACUGAGAAGGAGAGGACAAAACGUACAAACAGUUCAGUAAGGGAACUCCUCUGUAUUGUCUGCAACUUUAAUGUUGAAAACAUAAAUGACAUUUUUUUAGACAAUGAUUUAUUCCUUAUUUGUAUAAGAAACGGAAAUGUUCAUAAACAUUAUGUCGAAAGACAUACUGUUAUUGUUUAUGAGGACUUUUCAAGAAGAUUUUGGAAUUCUGAAAAUUUUUAAAGCAUCUAUAUAUAUGGUAUGAUCAGCAUUUUUGACAUGUUCCGUGACGUUGACACCGCUUUCAAAACAAAUUUGGAUACUUCACAAUAAAAAUACACGACAGCCAUAUUCAGUAGUAGGAAUACGUCCAAGUGCAUAUUUAUAUGAAUUGUACCGAGGUGUCCCGAAAAAUGGUAUUCAUAGCAUAAGCAACAGCACUUACGUUAGCAAGAAGCUAACUACGUAUCCAAUGGCACGUGGCUUUUCUAGAGGACAAUGGACAUACCUAUAUAAGCGGAAACAGAUUGCAUACAUACAUGCAGUUUUCAUGAAUUCUGCUAUUUGGAAAUGUUGGCAUUCUUAAUAUUUUAGCUAUUGUUCGUACGUUUGAAUAAGUAUUCUUAUUAGUACUGCAUUUUGUGUGAGUGCUGUUAAUGAAGCGAUAUUGACGGAACAGCAAUCCCACAAUUUUCGUCACUUGAGCGAUUGUUUCAAAAGCUAUUCAACUUGUCAUUUUAAGCAGAUUCAAGUGUCAUAUU